AUGGUGCUGAGAGAUCUCCGCGCAGUCGAGCCCGGCACACCGCCGCGCGACCACCGCAGCCCGGCCAAGAAUUAUCCGACGCCGGAGCCGUCAGCGAAUCCGUACCAGGAGGAACCCGUAGUGGGCAGGAAAUGGAGAGGCAGCUGGGGAGGUGGCCUGCUAUCUGCGCCCUCCAAGCGCUCACGUUGCCCCAAGCCCUGCACAGUCUUCAUCACCAUUCUGGUCCUGCUCGCCGUGCUGCUGAUCGGCCUAACCAUCGGCCACUUUGUGGCCCCCUACGUCAGAACCAUGACCUACUUGCAUGCGCCUGCACCGGCGCCGGGCUUGGAGGCGGUCCCUGCAGCGGCGGGCAUGGACAGAUCUGGCGGCCAGGACGGAAGCAGCAUAGAAGGCGUGGGCAUCGGGCUACAGACGGACUACCCAUCAACGAUUCCGGCAGAUGGGACUUCUGUCACCCCCACGAGAAAUCCCUUCCUCGACGGGGCAAAAAGGCAGGGGUCGGGAUCCACCACACUGACCCCGGACGGCCAGGGCCCUUAA